CGCCGCCUCUGACGCGAUCCGCAGGCGCCGCAGCGCGGCCCCGGCCCGGCUCAGCCCGGCGCGGCGCGAUGCGGGGCCGCAGUGACGGCGCGGGCCGCCCCGCGCUCCGCCCCUGCGCCGCGGCGGGGGCGCCGCCCGGCGCCAUGCGCUGCCCGCGCCGCCCGCUCGCCGCCUGAGGCAGCCGCCACGGCCGCCGCCCGCGCCCUGCCCCAUGGCCACCCCGGCGGCGGCGGGGCCCGGCGCCGCGCUGCCCCCGGGCGCGGCGCGCCGCGACUUCUACUGGCUGCGCUCCUUCAUCGCCGGAGGUAUUGCAGGAUGUUGUGCCAAAACAACUAUUGCACCACUGGAUCGAGUAAAGAUUUUGCUGCAAGCUCAUAACCACCAUUACAAACAUCUAGGAGUGUUUUCUACAUUGCGUGCCGUCCCAAAAAAGGAGGGUUACCUUGGGCUAUAUAAAGGAAACGGGGCAAUGAUGAUUAGAAUCUUUCCAUAUGGUGCAAUUCAAUUUAUGGCAUUUGACCAAUAUAAAAAGGUAAUAAAGAAGCAACUUGGGAUUUCAGGGCAUAUACAUCAAUUAAUGGCUGGAUCUAUGGCAGGUAUUACAGCAGUGAUUUGUACUUACCCUCUUGAUAUGGUUAGAGUUCGUCUGGCGUUCCAAGUAAAAGGGGAACACAAGUACAUGGGAAUUAUCCAUGCAUUCAAGAUGAUUUACACAAAGGAAGGUGGUUUUCCUGGAUUCUACAGAGGUCUGACGCCAACUGUUGUAGGAAUGGCUCCAUAUGCGGGUUUUUCAUUUUUUACCUUUGGUACCUUAAAGAGCAUUGGACUUGCUCAAGCACCUAACUUGCUUGGACGGCCUUCAUUAGAUAAUCCGGAUGUCUUAGUUUUGAAAACACAUGUAAAUCUGCUGUGUGGUGGCAUAGCUGGAGCGAUAGCUCAGACGAUAUCAUAUCCACUUGAUGUAACUCGUAGGCGAAUGCAGUUAGGAGCAGUUCUCCCAGACUCUGACAAGUGCCUUACAAUGGUGCAGACACUGAAAUACGUGUAUCAACAACAUGGAAUAAGAAGAGGAUUAUACCGUGGUUUAUCUCUAAAUUACAUUCGUUGUAUUCCUUCACAGGCCGUGGCUUUUACCACAUAUGAACUUAUGAAACAAUUCUUGCACCUCAACUAAAAUAUUUUUCAAACUUUACUGUAGAACUACACUAUCAGUCUUCAAACUAUAUUUGUGAGUAAAUUACUUGAAAUUUAAAAAACUAUCUGUUACUGUGGAACUGCUGUUGUCUGACAACUUAGUUUUAUUUGCCAAAACAUGGUUAAUUUCCUGGAGUGAAACCAGGAAACAGAUAAAAAUGAACAGUAGUUAGCUAUAAACAUUUUUUUGCACUUGAUCUUGUAAGCUUCCUUAGAUUAAGGUUAAGAAUUACACAGUUUUACAAUUAUGCCCAGAUUUUAUACGGGUUUUGAGCUGUUAGUUAUUUAGCUUUAUCACCAUUCCAGGAAUUAUACUCAUGGUUAUAUUGCUUUUUAAGCUAGUAGUUAGGCAUCUGUUCUUCAAAAAUUAAAUUGAAUAAGCUGAUUUGAGUAAUACAUAAUGAUUUUCAAACCCAAAUAUUUGUCAGCCUUGUAGAAGCUGAAUUCAGUAGACCACAAUUUAAGCAUCUUUUCAUUCUUUUUUUGUACAAGUUUUCUGUACAGUAAGAACAAUGCAUAUAUCUUCAGAUGGGUACGUAUGAAAGUCUCUUCAACCAUUUCAAUAAAUAAUGACAAUGAGAUGUAUUUAAUGUUAUUAGCAAUCUCGCAAUUAGGAAAUCAGUUUCUUUGCACACUCCCUAAUCUAAAAAAUCUGUAUCUAUCCACACAAUUAAAACCAGGUCUGGGGCAGUAUUAGUUUUACAACAACAAGUGUUAGAAGAAAUCUCUUAAACACAGUUAGUAUGGGCCUGAUCUUGUAAUGCAUUUAUGUACCUUUUCUGCAGUGCUGAAUAUUCUCAAAUCAUUUUCCACUACUGGCUCCUACAAACAGGUUUGUCUGUACCUUAAAACAUGGUGACAAACACAACUGCAUGCUGCUGCAUUUACUUGUUUGGGCAUAUGGAUAAUAGUCAACCUCUUGGCCAAAAAAAAAAAAAAAGAUUGUAUUGGAGUCUGUAGAUGUGUAUAUGUACUGUCUCUAAAGUAUGAUAUGCAAUAGACUAUUACACUUUUUUUCCUCCUACAAUUUCUUUUGUAAAGGAAUUACUUUCUAGACUUGUUCAUACAUGAUUGGUACUCUUGACUUUUAUUCACUUGAUUCAGGAAACUGUAAAACAUUUACUUUAAGUGAUGUAAGUUAUUUAUUUAUUGUAAAUAUUUUAGCAGUGUCCUUUACGAUUUGGUAAUGGUCAUGUUAACUAAAUUGGUGGUUGGUAAGAUCAAUUUGCUUAAUUCUGACAAAUUUUACAAACUGGAAUUUGAAUUAUAUAUCCAAGAAUUUUUGUGGCUUAUUUUUUUCCCCCCAGUUUCUUAAAAGUAUGUAUUUCUUUGAUAUUUAACAAUAUAGUUACAGACAGAGAAUGAGAUGUAUUUGAAUUUAUUUUAUUAAAAAUCUUGAACUAAUAUCUUUGUGUGAUUUGUAAGUGCUGCAGCCCAAAAAAUGCAUGCUUCUGGAAUUAUCUGUAUGUUUCCCCAUGUAGGUAAACUUGCAUAAAACUGUCAUUCUUAAUUAAAAAGAGACAACAAUUCA